CCGGCUAUAACAUACAGAAAGAUGGGAGGCCGACCCCGAGCGAGUCUGAACUACUUGUCUGCUGCUCAACAUGGCGUUAGAACUAAUGGACAUCCUCUCUAUUUCCAUCCUAGUUCCUUCUAUAGCUGGCUUGCUAUUCGUAUACUUUGUAUACUCUCGUGUCCUAGCUUGGUAUAGACUUCGACACGUCGACGGACCAUGGAUUGCCUCCUUCUCCUAUCUUUAUAUGAGCUGGGUAACCUUCUCAGGCAAGCAAGCUGCCAACUACCGGAAACUUAACCAGAAGUACGGCUCUCUCGUGCGCAUCGGCCCCAAUGAUCUUAUAACGGACGACCCUGACCUCAUCCGGCGAAUGAACGGAGCCCGGUCCAAGUACCGGCGCUCGUCUUGGUACAACGCGAUGCGAAUGGAUCCGUAUCUGCCCUCGCUGUUCAGCACCAUGGACACGGACGAACACGACAAGUUGAAGGCCCAGCUGUCGUUCGGGUACGGGGGCAAGGAAAACCCAACCAUCGAGGCCGACAUCGACGAGCAGCUAGCCAGUCUCAUGGCGCUCAUCCGGCGCAAGUACCUGUCCGACGACCGCCAACUGCGGCCCAUGGACUUCGCACACCGGAUCAAUUUCUUCACGCUGGACGCCCUCACCAAGAUCGCGUACGGGCGUGCCUUCGGCUACUUGACCACCGACACGGACGUGUACGGCUAUAUCGAAAGUGCCGAAGUUCAAGUACCCGUAUUGGUAGCGCUCGCCGACGUCCCCUGGCUGGAGCGGGUUUUCUUCAGCGAACCCGUACUUAAUUUGAUUGGCCCGAAGCCGACGGACGAGAAGGGUACCGGUAAAAUGAUAGCGGUCGCCCGAGAAGUCGCCAGCGAGCGCUUUGGUCCUGACGCCAAGGACCGCAAGGAUAUGCUGGGAUCGUUCGUGAGACACGGCGUCUCACAACGUCGGUGCGAGUCCGAGAUCCUCUUCCAAAUCAUAGCCGGUAGCGAUACCACGGCUACCGCCAUUCGGGGGACUAUGCUGAGUAUGUUGGCGUCGCCGUUGGUCUACUUUAGGCUGCGCGAGGAGAUCGAUACUGCUAUCGCAGAAGGCCGGAUCUCGUCGCCUAUAAAGUUAGAUGAGGCCAAAAACUUGGAAUACUUACAGGCUGUGAUAUAUGAAGGUCUUCGGAUGAAUAUUCCGUUUUCUGGUCUUACGAUGAAGCAAGUCCCACCCGAGGGAGAUACGAUCAAUGGCAAAUUCAUCCCCGGGGGGACUCGUAUCGCUCACAGUUUCCUAUCCGUACAGCGUUCGACCGCGAUCUACGGUCCCGAUGCGGAGUUAUUCAGGCCUGAGCGCUGGCUCAACAUCGAUCCCGACAAACACCGUGAGAUGACCAACACAACCGAACUUGUCUUCGGGUACGGCCGGUUUGGUUGUAGCGGGAAGAAUGUUGCGUUUAUGGAGAUGAAUAAAGCCUAUGUCGAGUUGUUGCGGAAUUUUGACUUCCAGCUCGUUGACCCCCAUAAUCCAAUGGAGACUUCGAACCGAAACAUGUUCUUCCAGAAGCACAUGUGGGUGAAGAUCACCGAGAGGGCUCAGCGUGUAUAAGCGAGGGGAAUACUGUAGAGAGUAGGGAGACUUAGGUAGUAUUGUGGAUAGUGAAAAGACCCGAGUAGACGUCCAAUACUGGAGAGUAGUAAUCUUGGCCGAGGGCUAUGGUGGCGGAAUAAACCCAACUCAUGUGGACGCGGUCUUUCGUUCUGACCAUAUAAUGGUAGCCUUGUUCCGAAUAACUGUCGUUCUAGGGGAGAAAUAUGGUUAGCAAAAUUUAGUCCCAUUCCAAAGGAGGUCGUUCAAUGUGCGAAGAGACGUAGGAACCGAGUGUUCUUGAAAUAAAUACCACUGCAUCGGUCAAAUCCAAUCUCUAUAGCAUAUUAACCUCAUAUUCAAAUUAAUAUUGUUAG